GAGAGAGAGAGAAGUAGUGAGGGAGAGGGAACCAGCUCGUUGGUGCGAGCGAGCAACGCGUUGGUGACAGAAAGACGGACAGACGGACCGACAGACGGACGCGGCUUCCCCUCCGCUCCGCUUCGCGUUCACCGCCAGUUGGUCGCGCGUUACCGAGCCAAGUGGAUGUGUCCGCGAUCGUGCUCCCGCUGAAAAAAAAAGGUUCUCCAUCGUCACGCCGUACGAGUGUGAAAGAGAGAGGGUGAGAGAGCGAGAGAGGAGAGGAGUCUUUCUUCCUACGCAUGUUGUACUCGUGAUAAAACACGAACGUCCCAUCCCGUCCGUUGUAUCGGUACACCCGUGAACCUGUGAGAGACGCCGUUACAUUGUGCCGCCGGACGUGCGUCCCGGUGAAACUCCGAUUUCGUCGAGAAAGGAUUACAAGGUGCAUCACGAAGUGUGCGUUCGCCGGCAACGUGUAUAUAUUUAUACAUAACGUCGCAGCAAGGGAAAAUUAUUUCUGAGACCGCGGCGCUUUUACUGCCGACAUUCGAGAGGACGGUUUAGCCUGGACACCACCUGGUACCCAGAAAGCGAGUGAGACAAAGACAGGUGGCACGACAAGGUAAGAAGCAACCAUGGGAGCGAGACAGAGCAAGAGGUCCGUGGACAUAACGACGACGCCGAAGAAGGAGGGAAUACCCGCCGAGGGAGGCGUCGUUGGCGACGCGGCUGCACCUGGCGACGGUAAGCUGGAGAGGAUCGAGGAGGCCGACACGAAGCCCACCACUAACGGCAUAGCACCGCACACGGAUUCCGCCGAGGAUAAAGACAAGGAUAAGGAUGAGGCUACCGAAAAGGACAAGGAGCAACAGCCGCAGCAAGAAGAAGUAAAAACUGAGGAGACGAAGCAAGAAUCGUCUGGGGACUCUCCUGCGGAGGUUGCGGAGGUCACGACGCCCACAGAGGCCACCCCUGCCAGUCCGAACACUGCCACUUCUCCAGACAAUAAGGAAACUAAAAAGAAAGAAAAGAAGAAAAAGUGGUCCUUCAGGUCGAUCAGCUUCAGCAAGAAGGACAAGACUAAGCCGAGCCGCGACGAAACGCCCAAGAAUGGAGACGUCACCAAGGAGGAGCCGCUCGCAGAGGGUGGCGAAGACGCAGAGAAUGCAACGGCCUCCGCGAGCAGUCCAGUGGAGGAGAAGUCGGCAGCGAGCAGUCCAUCGGCGGACGAGCAGGUAGCCGCGCCGGCAGCAGCAGCCACAGCCGAGCCGAAGGAAGAGGCUGUCGUAGCAGCGUCGCCAGCAGCCGUGGCCGCUAGUCCGGUCGAAGAAAAGAAGGAACCCACUCCCUCCGCCCCCACUCCCGUCCCGUCCGUCGAGGAUAAGAAAGAGGAGGCGAUCGAAAAAGUCGAGGCCGAGAAAAAAGCAGUCGAGAAGGCUCCGGAAGUCGAGGCACCGGUAGAAAACAACGUUGCCCACGAUGUCAGCACGACGGAGAGCGCCGAUGAGGCUCCCAAAGUUGCACCACCGGCCAUCCCGAUUGAAGUACCCGCCUCCCCGCCAACAGCACCGGCUAUCACUGAGGACGUCGCCUCGGUCACCAAGGCCAUCGAGGAGAUCGACAUAAGUGAUAAAGCAGUCGCGGCGGCAGUGAACGAAGCUAUCGAAUGCAACACGAACGAAAUCAUCGCUGAUGCGCACCACCAAAACAACAUAAAUGAAUAAGCGCCACUAAUCGAAUUGUAUUUUGGAAAGAAGAAAGUUCUUUUCUCUCGUUAAAACCAAAAAAGUAUAUUAUAUAGAUAUGUAUAUUUGGACCAUUCCUGCAACAGAAAAUAACGUUCUUUCGUUACGAGCAGCAAAAGGGGAAAACGGGGCGACGACGACGACACCGCGGCACAUCGCGAGAGCAUAUAGACUAUAGUAGGCCUAUUAAUUAUUAAAUGGUGUUUGGACAGCAGGGGAAAAUACAUGCGUGAAAGUCUAUGAUCGUUUAUUUAAGAACUAUUUACGGUCACGAGGUCAUAUCGCGUGAACAUAUGAUUUAGGUGGGGCACACAUAACAUUGUGCUCGUGCACGGUCUCUUUCACGGAUUGAACGAUUGUUCGUUUCAUUCCUUGUGGCGCGCGCAAAGGGCUUCAAAAGCGCCGAAAUACUUUCGGGCUGUGCCCGACCGCGGGUUACAACGAUCGUCCCUGCUGUGUAGAAAUUUUUAAAGUAUCAUUAACUGUUACUGAGGUAAAGUCUAAUGCUCGAACAUCGCGCGACGGACAAAAGCGAUAAAAGCGAUUAAGAUCGUCAGGACGAUAAGGGCGAGGAUCGUACGUCGCGCAUUCCAAAGGAAAUACUCAUUGGAUGGCGCCCUCCCGUAAUUACAUAACUAUUGUACUCUAUGAGAGCGAAAGAGUGUGAACGAGAAUGAAAGGGAGAUAGCAAGAAAGAGAGAGCAUGAGAGAGAAUGUGAGAGAGAGAGAGAGAAAAAGAGAGCCGAAAUAUAGAGGAGGAAAUCGAGAGGGCAGGCUGUGUGUGAUAUAGCGAUUGACGGUGUGAAAGGGGAAAGAGAAUGAUAGCGCGCGAAACGAAAGAGAGAGAGAGAGAGAAAGAGAGAGUUGGGGGAUGCGUCUUCGCCACGGUGAGAACAGGAAAAAGAUGGAAAUACGCGAGCGAGAAAACUGGAGGAAAGGAAGCGGAAGAAGAUUAUAUAGCGACACGCGAUGGAGUUUCGCACGAUUAAAAAAAAAAAAGAAGCACCUACAUCGGCGACUUCGAGGGCACCCGGCAUAUUUGUUUCGCUCGUAUUUCCUUCGCGGUCCUUAGUUUUCCUUUUUCCGUUUACAUCUGUACAAUCGAGACGUUUUACGUUGUAACGAGGAACUGCACAUUUUUAACUAAUAAUUUUGAUAGGCGCGCGCGCGCACAAUGGCGCUUGCGAGAACACACGAGGAAACACAUUACACACCGACACACGCAAAUGAGAACAUUUUACACCGUAUACGUAUAUACGUACCAUGGAACAUACGAGAUAAAGUAUAUACAGUAAGUCGAGAAAAAAAAAACGAGAUGUAAGUGAUAUAUUAAUCUAGACUAUAGAGAGAAUGCGUUUGUGUAAAUUCGGCGUUUGUUCGAAACAUUGCUACUUCUCCAUACGAGAGAAAAACACGACGAGCCUAUCGUAAUUUUUAUGAUAAUCAUUAAAAAAGUAUCGCCUAAUUACAAUUUACGAGACAUGCACAAUUUACCACCCCCGGAACGAUACCUUUGUCAGGUUUUUCAUACGAUGUUUCUACGUUUCUACGUUUAUACGGAUCUCCAGAGGUAAAAGAGAGGAGUAAUUAUCUUACGAAGAAGCUUUUUUUUCUAUCAAGAUCGCGUAGCAUAGAUCAUAAAGUUGUAAACGAGAAGCGCAUUAUACACGUGUGAGACGCUCCGAUAUCCGGUAAUAUCGCCGAGCGAUAGAGUGGACAAGGAACGAGUUGUCUUCACUCGUGUCCGUAACCGGCAUUAAUUUUUAAGUGGUUACAUACAUAUUUACGUGUAAGGGCGGGAAAGAAGUAAAGUUAAAAGUUGUAUAGUAAAACCAUUUCAUUAAAUAUAUCUGUCCGUAAAAAAAAAAAAAAGAUCUUUACAACGAAAAGAAUAAAAAAAAAAGGGAUUCAUCGUCCUCUUAUUGGGACGACACGUUUUUUUGGCGACGAGAAUAAACUUUUUAUCGAAAUUCUUCAGCGAGCGAAUCGAGACUGAUAAAUACCACGUGCACCACCCGUACCACUGUCUAGUGAUUGUUAUCACUCUGAGGCACCCGUCGAGGCCAAUCCUCGCUCGUUUAUUUAUUUUGCGCCGGAGACUAUAAAAUUGUGAAAUGAGAUCCUUGAAUCGACCGCCUCAGACGCGAAAGUACAGUCUCCAGUAUCUUCGAUCAGCAAUUAUAAUAGUAACUAUUCUACAUUUAUCUAUAACCUAUAAUAAACUGUGAAACAAAGUGUAA